AAUUUUUAUAUAAUAAAAAUAAAAGUUGAUUAGUAAUUUACUACUCCCCAAAAGUGAAAAAUACUGAACAUAGCGUUUCUUCAUUGACUCAAGUGACUCUUGUAUUCUAUUGCAGUUCCAUUUGGGCGCCAAAAAGAAAUGUCUGCAACCGGCAAGGGGAAGAAGCGCGAGGAGCACGACCAAGCUUCCGACGGCGACUCUGAAGGCCACGCGCCUCCCAAAAAGGCACUCAAGAAAGAUUCCGACGAUAAUAACUCCGAUGACAUCACCGUCUGUGAGAUUGGGAAGAACAGGAAGGUUUCCGUGAGGAUCUGGCAGGGUAAGAUUUGGGUGGACAUUCGUGAAUUUUACAUCAAAGAUGGGAAGCAAUUGCCUGGCAAAAAAGGUAUCUCUCUGUCCAUGGAUCAGUGGAAUGUGCUUCGUGAGCAUAUUGAAGACAUUGACAAGGCUGUGGUUGAGAAGUCUUAGGAAGUUGUGCAUUAAGUGGAAUUACCUGCCCAAAUAUUACCUAUGGGUUUCUUUAGUUCUUUUUUUUGAAUCAUUAGAAGUAUUAGAAGUGGUGAUAUGAUGUAGUAUUAUCCUAGUAUUAGGUAUGCAUGGAAACCUCUGGAUUUUGUUUUCUGCGAAUCUUGAAUGUGCAUCAAGGUCUAAACUUUAAUUAGUAGCCUCCUUGAAAUCAUUGUAGUUGGUUAUCAAUGCAUAUGUAAAGUGUUAACGGUUGGUGUGUAGGUGUAGUUCUCUUAUUCACUGA